AGUUAAAAAAUGAGAUGACUUUUGAACAGUAUUGGGAAACAUUAUAAGUACAUAGAAAAGUUUUAAAAGAUAAAACAUUUGAAUAUUCAAUAUAUAUAGAAGAUUGAAAGUGUAAAGAACCCAAUUAUUCAAUUAACAAGGCAUAGAAAAUAAUAUAAAAGAAUGGAAACUUCCGUCGUUUUAAAAUAAAAAUUUCUUAAAAAUUGAGUCACGGGAAGCUUAAAGAAUCAACAAAAAUCUAAUACCUAGGUUGAGACUCCUUAUGAAAAAAACGCAAAAAAAGAGCAAAAACGAGUAACAUAAAGAAACAAUCAUGUACAAUUUUGAAACCACUCUUACGUUAAACCAGUAGAUGCUCCGAAUCCAUGAGCAAGUACAGGAAGACGCGACAAUAUAAAAAAUUUGGUUUAAACAACAGGUUUCAAUUCCAUCUUCAAAAAUUUUAAAUUCUCGCAUUCAUAUAAUCUGACUAUAAAAAUGGCACCAGCUCCUCGACCUGGAAGUCUGAAAGACCCAGAAAUUGCUGAAUUAUUCAAUAAGCAUGAUCCAGAAAAGAUUUUUGAUGAUCUUAGGGAAAUCGGACAUGGUUCAUUUGGAGCUGUGUACUAUGCUCGUUGUAAUCUUACACGCGAAAUUGUGGCAAUUAAAAAAAUGUCCUACAUGGGAAAGCAAAGUAUGGAGAAAUGGCAGGAUAUUCUCAAGGAAAUUCGUUUUCUACGUCAAUUGAAUCAUCCUAACACUAUUGAAUAUAAAGGCUGUUAUCUCCAUGAAAACACUGCAUGGCUUGUAAUGGAAUAUUGUGUUGGUUCGGCAUCAGAUAUUAUUGAAGUUCAUAAAAGACCACUUAAAGAAGAUGAAAUUGCUGCAAUAUGUGACGGUGUAUUACAUGGACUCAGUUAUUUACAUCUUCUAGGAAGAAUUCAUAGGGAUAUCAAGGCUGGAAACAUUUUAUUGACAGAACAAGGAAUAGUAAAAUUGGCUGAUUUCGGUAGCGCUGCCAUUAAAUGCCCAGCCAAUUCAUUUGUGGGCACUCCUUAUUGGAUGGCGCCAGAAGUGAUUUUAGCAAUGGACGAGGGACAGUAUGACGGAAAGGUUGAUGUGUGGUCCACUGGAAUUACAUGUAUAGAACUAGCUGAGAGAAAGCCUCCUUAUUUUAAUAUGAAUGCUAUGUCAGCACUUUAUCAUAUUGCACAAAAUGAUACUCCAGCAUUGCAAUCACCAGAUUGGUCGCAUACUUUUCAAGAUUUCGUAGAAUCAUGUCUGAAAAAAUCACCACUUGAUCGUCCAACUUCCAGUGAACUUUUAGCUCACAUUUUCGUAUCUAAACAACGAUCGCCGAAUGUGCUCAUCGAUCUUAUUGCACGCGGUGUAUCUCAAAAUCAUGCAACGCAAGUUGCAGUUCAUGCUCUUAACGAACAUGGACCAAAUAACUUUGCAACCAUUCGUACAACAAGUAUAGUUACGAAGCAGCAAAAAGAACAUAUGCAGGAAGAUAUGCAUGAACAAAUGUCUGGAUAUAAGAGAAUGCGAAGAGAACAUCAAGCAGCUUUAUUGAAGCUUGAGGAGAAGUGUAAAGUUGAAAUGGAAAGCCACAAAGGAGCAUUGGAUAAAGAAUACGAUCUCCUUCUUCAUAAUUUCACUCGAGAACUAGAGAAAUUAUCUGUCAAACAUCAGCAAGAGCUUGAAAGACGAUUAAAGCAAAAUAACGUUGCUGAAAAAAAACUUUUCAAGGAAAUUUCUUUGAGACAAGAAGGCGAUCGGAAAGCAUUUGAUUCACAUCGAAAAAAAGAGUACAAAGCAAAUAAAGAGCGUUGGAAAAGGGAACUCUCAUUAGACGAUUCAACUCCCAAACGGCAAAGAGAUGCAACGUUGCAAUCACAAAAAGAGAAUUUAAAGAUGGCUGAAGCAGCAGAGGAACAAAGACUUUUGCGCGUUCAAAAAAACUACAUUGAGCUCGAAAUGCGAAAAUUUAAAAGAAAAAAGAUUGGUUCUUUUCAUGAUUUUGAAAAUCAAUUGCUCAGAGAUGAAUUGAGCAAAAAGCAACAACAACUCGAACAAGCGCACUCUAUGCUUUUACGUCAUCAUGAAAAAACACAAGAAUUGGAAUAUAGACAACAAAAAAGUGUCCAUGCAUUAAGAGAAGAUCAAAUAACGAAGCAGCAUGAAAGUGAGUUGAAAAAUCAGAAAGAUUAUAUGGAACGGGCUGAGCGUGAACUUAUAAGGAAACACGCCACUGAGCUAAAACAGCAGCCAAAAAGUCUUAAGCAAAAAGAACUCCAAAUACGAAAACAAUUUCGCGAGACAUGCAAAACUCAAACUCGUCAAUAUAAAGCAUUAAAAUCACAAAUCUUACAAGCAACCCCUAAAGAUGAACAAAAAGCUGUGAUAAAGAAACUGAAGGAAGAGCAACAAAGAAAAUUGACUCUUUUAGGCGACCAGUACGAACAAAGUAUCGCUGAUAUGUUGCAAAAGCAGUCAUUGCGAUUAGAUGAAAGCCAAGAAAUUGAAUGCUCUCAGAUUCGUGAUCGAUUACAAUAUGAGCUUAACAUUUUAACAGCAUAUCAGGAGAAAAAUCGUCAACAGGCUCAAACUCAGCGUGAUCGCGAAAGAAGAGAGUUAGAAGAGCGUGUUAGUGUAAGAAGGGCAUUAUUGGAGAGCAAGAUGGAAACUGAACUUCAGCAAUUUGGGCAAGAGCGUAUGGAAAGAAUUCGCUUACUCCAAGAAAAACAAGAAAAGCAGUUGGAAAUUUUCGAUCUAGAAAGUGUUAAUAUGGGCUUUAGUGCUCUUUCACUUGCUGAAGCAAGUCAGGAAACGUAUCCCGAUGAAGAAGGAAGUCUCAACGGUUCUAUGUUAUCCCUGGCCCAUAGCAACUCGUCAGCGAGCUUCCCAGCUGGUUCUCUUUAAUUCCUUUAUUAGUGAGCUCAAAAAAAAAGUUAAAUUAAAAUCUAAUCCUCAAGCACAUUAAGUAAAUAUCUAUCUAAUUGUUUUCCAAAUACUUUUUAUAACUAGGUAAUAUCUAAUAUUCCAUCAAAAUCUGUAUAAAUUUAAUUAUCAAACCUUUACAAUUUUUACGUAAAUACAAGUCUUCUCAGAUAAAGAAAUUAUAAUUAACGGGAAGAUUAUUUCUCAGUUAAUAAAAGAUACCCUCAAGCGUUCUUUGAAGAAAAUAUAUAUGUACACAUAUAUAUAUAAAUAGUUGUAAAUAGAAAUUAUGUAGCUCUAAAUUACUAGCAUAUUUGAAUAAUAAGUAUUCUCUUAAUAGACACCCAGUGGGUAAUUUUAGAUGAUAUAUGAUAAAUUUUUGAUUAAUAUUAUCUUGAAACCGCGUUUACACACUACAGAACAAGCUUUUUUUUUAAGCUGAUGGUUUAUUUAAAAUAAUAUAUCUACAAUUUAUCAACUUAUCUGUGCUGUCGUCUUAGGAAAAAUAAUUAAACAGCUUUUAUAGCAUUUACUGUCCUCUUUCCAUUCAAUGAAAAUUGAAACAAAAUUAUGACGAAUAAAAUCCUUAAAAUAAACAAGUUUUUGCAGAAUUCAUACACACGUUCAAAUUGCCCAAACUGUGAAUCAAAGAUUUAAAAGGUUAUUCAAAAUUAUAAAACCUUUACUGCAAAAUACUUACAGCCGUAUUCAUAAAAAAGGUAAUACAAAAUUUUCGAUUAAAUAAAUGUCCUCACGAGAUUGAAAUUUAUACAUUUAUGAAUAUACCAAGUAUUUAAUCGGAAUUGAAUUUCAAUCGAGUUUGAGUUUUUAUUGGCUUUUGAUUCAAAUUUAAUCAUAGCGGCGACUGUUUUGCUACUAGGUAGUUAAUUCAAUAUUUCUUAGAAAGAAGGUAAAAAAUUUUAGAUCAAAACUUUUCCUUAUGAAUACACCUGUUAGAAUAGAAAUGACUAAUUCCGAUUUUUUUUAACAUAUUUUUCAUUUUUUCCUUUUACGAGAAUAAAAUGAAAAGUGUUUUAU